CCUCGAGCAGAAGCAGUGGUUCUGUGUGGGUGUCUGGAAGCAUGAGAAGUGAUAUCUGUACUCGCACACAUUCAGUUUGCUGAUGGACUUACUUAACUGAUAUACACACACGCACAUACACUCAGAAAAACCGGACACACGCACAAUCCUCCUGUUUGUGUGGCAAGAAGUCAACAUGGGGCUUGUGGUGGGGACCUUCUCCAUGCAAACCAAGCAGGUGAAUUAUCGCAAAGACAAGAUAGACGAUGACUUGGAGAUGACCAUGGUGUGUCAUAGGCCAGAGGGCCUCGACCAGUUGGAGGCACAGACCAACUUCAGCAAGCGGGAGCUGCAAGUGCUCUACCGGGGCUUUAAGAAUGAGUGUCCAAGUGGCGUGGUGAACGAGGAAACUUUCAAGCAAAUCUACUCUCAGUUCUUUCCACAUGGAGAUGCCACUACCUACGCACACUACCUGUUUAACGCUUUUGACACGACGCACAAUGGCGCCAUCAAGUUUGAGGACUUUGUGACAGCUCUCUCCAUCCUGCUGAGGGGUUCAGUCAGAGAGAAGCUCCAGUGGACCUUCAACCUGUAUGACAUUAACAGAGAUGGAUACAUCAACAAAGAGGAGAUGACGGAUAUUGUCAGAGCGAUAUAUGAUAUGAUGGGGAAGUAUACCUACCCUGUCCUGAAGACCGACGCGCCCAAACAGCAUGUGGAUGCGUUCUUCCAGAAAAUGGACAAAAACAGAGACGGCGUGGUCACGCUUGAUGAAUUCAUCUUUUCUUGUCAAGAGGAUGAAAACAUCAUGAGGUCUCUACAACUCUUUGAAAAUGUCAUCUAGAUAACAAAGGAGAGAGAGAGAGAGAGAGAUGGUGAACCGGCUCAGAUCGAGAGAGGAGGAGAGAACAAAGGUUGGAAAAGUUGGAGAGGGAGCGGAAUCCCGACACGCGAAAGAACAAAAACAGUACGGCUGAAAGGAAAAGAGAAGAGGGACUUCCUGUCACCAUAGUUUCAACAUGUUGCCAUGAAAACCGUAUGGAGGUGUUCUUGCUGUAACGUUACCGUGGCAACAAACCAUCAUGAUGCUUAGUUAGGGGAUUUGUCUUGACUUCGGCACCAAGAACCCCCUUACCUUUAUUUGACCCUCUGUGAACCUGUACCCUUCUCAUACCCCAUCUCUCCCCGUCUGUUCGUGCUGUUGUUGUUGUUGUUAUUAUUGUUGUUGUUGAUGUAGUUGAUGUUGUUGUUGAAGUUACCGUCUUCUCAGACAGUGCAUCUUUUUCAGCCAUCGUGUAAAUACUGAUCUGAAACACAGCUCAUGUUGAGUCGAGUGCUUUUCCGAAAGAUUUUAACACUGAAACAAAUCUUGAAUCAGGACUGGGAUUCGUAAAAGCAGCUUGGCGUUGCUUUCCACCACGAAAGGUUCUCCGGAACAAAUUAGGUAGGAUCCUUACUUGGAUGAGAAUGAUCCUUUAAGCCUCACGAUCUUUUAUCUACAAAUGAGGAGACGACCUCCUGGGGAGAUAAGUAGAUAGUGUGAGGUAUUCGAGGAUGUAUUGAAUUUGGCACAUGUGCCAUAUAAAACCUGGUGGUUACCGAGGUCAUCCACCAACAGAGGUGGC